AUAUUGGUGAGUAAGGAAACUUUCGUUUUAUUCUAAGUAAACAUACGUUGCACUACACAAUAAGGUAAGAACCUGUGUUCUUACCUUAUUUGUUAUUCGAUAAAAGAAAAAUGUCGAUACAAAGCUUUUCCAUUGGGAAAUACUUGUACUGAAUACCGCAGAAAUCUAUAAAAUUACUCUAAUUCACUUCCCUCGCGGGUGAUUGUCUACAAUGCAUACUCGCUCGCCCUCGCUGCGGUGACGUGAAUGCCUUGGCGUAACCAUGGUUACGAGACGCUGCAGUGCUUUCUCUGCCCGCCCUCCGCCGCAGUAAGCGCCCAACCCUCGACCAGUGCGGGUGUGUCGGUCGCUCCCACACAACUGUCGAUGUUUCACUUUUUUUUUCGAAGACUAGACUAUCAAGUUGUUAAUUUUAAGAAUUGAAACUUUUAAUUUGUUUUUAUUUUUUGUGGAUACAAAAGAGUUGAGUCAUGAAUUAUCAAGGAGGUUACUUCGAGGAGUUUUGGAUGCAGUUGCAGUGUUUAACAGUGAUGCAGCUGGUGUUGUGUGUGUGAACCAUGGAUAAAUAUUGUUCAAUAGUAUGGAACACGGCGACAUGACGGCCCAGGAGCGAAGCAACAUCUUCACUGAUGACGACGAGGACUUGCGGCCUCGGCAGCAGAGUCUCGGCGGAGUCCUGCGUCGGGAAGGCAACUGGAAAUGUUUCAUGCUGACACUUAUGAUCGCCGGCUGCCUCGGCUCCGUCGCGUGGUGCAAUACCGCUGAGAUUGAUAGGGAUCUCAUCGAUUUCAGCAAGCAUCCAAUAAAGCGGACGGUUCGGGAAUCACCCUGCGACGUGGGUUACGCCUACAUCCCGAUCGCGUUCGUGCUGCUGCUGUACCUGGUGUACCUGGUGGAGUGCUACCACAGCACCGCGAGGAUCCAGCUGGCGAGGAGGGUGGACGUGGCCGCGGUCAGCGCCAGGGUGCAUGCCAUGAGAAAUGCCACGCCAAGAGUUUGGUGGAAGGCAAUAUGCUACCAUUACGUGCGGCGUAAACGACAGGUCACGCGGUACAGGAACGGAGACGCCUAUACUACUACACAGGUGUACUACGAGAGAGUAAACACUCAUAGCGCGAGUACAUCCUUUGCACACGCUUGCUGCGGGCAGCGGGACGCGUCAAGAAACUUGGUGCUGGACUCCAAGACACCCAUCACCAAAGUACGCUUCAGCAAGGGAUUUGCUUUCGCCAAUAUAGAAGCAGCUAGUGAAUUCGAGGACCAAAGAUCAAGAUUUUUCGCGGAACACGAAAGGUUUGAUGACUUCAUGGAAAUGCGUGAAGGUCUCGAUCUCAUUGGCGUUACCUCCUUCAAGGAAUACAUGGUGGCCUAUAGGGAUGCGGAUCGAUGUCCGUGGUACUCAUCUCAGUUGCUCUUCUGGACACUUUCCUGCCUCCUUCUCUCAUGGCCUCUCAGAAUACUAAUAGAAUGUAAUACAGCAUAUGUACAUUAUACGAUUACGAAAAUAUUUGGCACAAACUACGAGUUAGACCCCAGUAGGCAGUUAGAUAUUGACACGCAUUUAUCAGAUACGUUACCACCGGUGACGGCUAACAACUAUGGAUGGGCCCUAGCAGAUGAGCAGAGUGCUGUAUUAUGCUCAGCUCCCCGUCCACCACGCACGUUACCUCUUUCACACGCUUCUACAGUCGACAGCCUUGAACUGUUUGCUGCUAUACGUGGAAACUGUGCCUUAGUUCCCUCCUACUCUGAAGCAAUGCGCAUCGACGCAGCAUUAAGAGAGGAACCAGCAGAGGCGAGUACUACAGCAACUAGUAAUAGUAACGAGGCAGCUGGUGUAGUCAUCGAUGUAGAGCCCGAAGCCAGGGCCUCUCCUCUUCGAGCUGUCAAAGCAGCGUCUUUCGACGAACCUCCACGAAGACCAAGAGUGACAAUUGCAAGCACACAUUCCACACAUAAUAUAUCGGCCAGUGCCAGGGUUAAUGACGCAAAGCAACAAAACAGGCGUUCCUGGGCAGGGGUACUAACAACUGCCCGGAGCGCGCGACAGAUUUUGGAAGAAUUUACUUCGUCGAGUUCUCCUACUAAUUAUGAACAGAUGCCUGAACCACAAGUUAGUGAAAAUGGAGAAACAACACUAUAUUUCUCCCGAGACUUAUCUCCCACCUGUUCCAGAGACCCGUUUGGAGGCAGAGCUCAAACGACCCCUACAGACGAGCCGCCUUCAUACGAAGAGGCUCUUAAGAUGCCUGCUCUUAGGAAAUUAACGAGGUCUAUUACGGGAACUAAUUUGGCCGGCUCCAGAAGAGCAUUCUUGCGAGAUGUGCUUACGAAUAGGAGGUCGUGCUUGGAAGGCGUCGGAGUGUUAGCAGGAACUAAGGUAGUUAGGUUACCGUAUAGCGAAUCCGGUGACGAGACGCCUCUAUAGCGCUUUUGUAAAGCCCGUGCAAUUACUGACUUUAUAUGGUGCAAUAAAAUGUUAUAAGGUAUUUGAAUGGGAGACUGCUGUAUUGUGUGAAAUAGAUAAAGCAGUUACGACUGCGAGUAAUAGUGAUAGUGUUUGUACUAACGUGUUUAUACGCUUUGGAAUUGUAGAAAUGUAUUGAUUGAAUGAGCUUGCGCAAUAGUAGCUAUAUUAAAAUGGAAUUGACAAUGACGGAACUUUGAGUUCGCCGACUAACAAAUGAACGAUGCAAACUAAUUUCAAGUGGGUCUUGUUUAACUAAUGGUUCGUAAUAAAGAACACCAUUUUGACGAAGAUUUAAGUACGUAAGCUGUAUACUAUUUGGCUUAGACUAAGUUUCCUCGUUAUUUAUAAGAAGCUAUUGUGAUGACACCUCUUGCUAUUCAAAUAGGCAUUCAAACACUCCUGCUUGUUUGUUCAAUUUUCAAACACUUCAUCAAUAAUUCAAAAAUAUACAAUAUUGGUCCCAAAUAACGUUUUCAUUGCUUAAAAACAAAAACAGGCCUCUCAUGUUUGAGUAUUUUUUCCUAUAAUCAUUUAUUGUCACCAAAAGUUACUAUGAAAUCUAAAUAACUGUGUGAAAUAAGUGUAUUGUAUAGAAAAUAUUUCUAAGUACAUUUAGGUAUAAGGCAGUGCCUUAUAUCAAUGUUAUAGUUGAAUGCGAAAUUAAUAUUAUAGACCUUAAGAAUAUUGCAAUUAUUGUAUGUAAUGUAAAAAGUAUUGUACUAGCAAAGCGCAAGCUUCGCCGCACCACUUAGAUAGAGAAUAAUCUAAGCAAUACAUUUUUAUAUUCAAAUGUAGGUGCACGAUAUAGUAAACAUAGUAAUGGGGAUCUGUCACCGACUGUUAAAGUAAGACACACAAACAUCACAAAUAUAUAGAGUCCACAGAACAAGCACAAAAGAAGGAGGUAUGGAGAUGACAGGUCAAAGUCACGUGACUGUUGGAGAUGAAAUGUCAUUUCCAUACAUUUGAUUAAAGUUUACGAUUGGAGAUAUAUCACUGGUGUAAAAAGUAAGUCUUGUGAAAACGAGAUACUGCGCUACUUCUAGUGUGCCAUCUUGCUUUUACAAUUAAAGCUUCUUUCUUUAAGAGGUGGUGAUAGUCCCCCUGUUAUCAAAUUCGGAGAAAGAUUAUUUCAAUUCGUCGUUGAGUGUCAGGUUGUUUGAACAUGGAGUAAUUCCUUUGAUGUACUUUUGUUUUUAAUAUUCCAUUUGCGAAAUUGCGAAAUGAAAGACUGUCAGGCGUUCGUUAAAUUCUUUAUACGUAUUUUUUUCUUUUUUUGUGUGUUUUAAGGCUAUUUGUACACGGUACAACGGAAAGCUCCUAAAGUUAUGAAUAUAACUAAUCUACAUUUGACGAAAAAACACGGUACAAAACAACUCGAAGUAGACUAAAAGUUGCUACAAAUAAGUCUUUAAAGUUGUUACGUGAACGAACAGCCUUACCCAUCAGAUUCUAAUGAAGAUUAACUAAUUAAUAAAACAUCGCAAUUUCCUCGUACUUCAAUAAAUUAAUACGAACAAAUUAACACGUUGUAUAAAUAAAUCUAAAUGAUAGGUAUUUGCCAAAGUGAUAUUAAACUAAGUAGCUUAUUAGGUCGCGAUUCAAUUAAUAUGGCUUAUCCAUGGCACCAAUUAAGGUACUUAAUUAAUGUAUAUUUUAAUAUUUAUCGUCUUCUAUAAAAUCUGUGUAUUCUUUAUUAUUGUGUGAAUAUUGGUCCUUGUUAUUCAUGUGCAAUAAAGAGGAAAGGUCUCAAGAAAUUUUGGAAAUUAUAUUGUUGAAAGUAUUAAAUGCACCGUUCCCCUAUUUUCAUUCCACCCUAUGAAAUCAUUGUUUUGCUUAAAAGACAACAUGACAUGAGCAAAAAUAAGUACUCAUUUCGAUGGUCGUUAAUCAUAUUAAACGCACACAUUACUUCAAUUACAAAAUCUACACUUUCCUGUCCAUGGUCGAAGCUAGCUAGUCCAAGUCUUUGAAGCUACCCUGAAAAUUUCAGACUGCUAGCUUAUCGGGCAGAGCCUCAAAAUUGAGUUACAAAAAUCCAACAGGAACGACUAACGAUCAACCAUACAAACAAGAAAGUGGAUGAAAACGUGGGAAAAUAGAGAAUAGUCUAAAAAAAGAAAAAAAAACAAUAGAAAAUGUUUACCCGUCAAGUUUAUGACCGUACCGACCGUUGCUGAAUCCAGUUGUGAUUUUCUCUGAAAUAAAUUAUCUGUGAAAACUUCAACUUUCUAGCUAUAACAGUUUGUAAGAUACCGUUCGGUGACAGGCGGGCGGACCAACGAACAGACAGCGGAAGGUUUCGUUUGUACCUUUGGGUGCUGAACCCUAGAAAUAAAUUGAAACAUUAAUUAAAUUAUUUUGCCAUCAACUUUUGAACAUAUCUUCAAAGUAUGCUCUGAAAAGAUACUUAAAAUAUAACCAAGUUUUGCGCCAUCAUUUUUGGUGACACUAAUCUAUUCCUUUUAUUCUCAAAAAAUCCUAAACUACAUACAUUACUUAUGAUGUAACAUUAUUCUUCCGCAAACGAAGCCACAUUAAAAAAGACUUGUUUAUUCUUCAGCCCUUAAUAAAAACCUAUGCUAAUACCUACCUAUUAUAUCCUUAAUAUAUUCUCAUAUGUACCCGUCCAAUUAUUGUCGAAUGGAUAAAAUAAUUAUAUAGUAUGUAAAGACCCUAGGGAUAAAACUACGUUUGAAUUGUCCCUAACAUUUUAUAAAGAAAAAAAAAACUUAAAAACUCAAAUAUUUUUUAUCAAUAUUAUUUGCAGUUUGAAUGCUUGUAUAUAUAGAUGGUAAGUUACGGAACAAAUUGAUUAAUUAUAUAAAGUGCCAAUAAAAUAUGUUAGUUGUAGAGUACGGAGUUUCGUAUUACUAUCGGUUCGAUGCAAAGUUGGGGACUAACUUUGGUGCACUGGAACAUUGGAAUUGGAAAUUGCUUGAAUUUUCAAGCGAGUAUAAAUUGUAUAAUUUCGAUGACGAUUUUUUUAAUACUUUUUAGAUUAAUAAUUUUGUAUACCUGUUUUCUUUUUUGUGUCGCAAACAUAAAUCUAUCAAAAUGCAGUGUACGGAUCUUACGCGUGUCGUCACUUCUGUGUAUCAAUUUUGCUAAGUCGUUACGUCACAAGCCCUCCUAAUCUUUAAAACAUGUAAGUUGUUACGAUAAAGUGGAAACACGCAUGUACUUAAUAUUUUUUAUUUAACAAUCUUUUACAUUUAAUUCGUCCCAGUCCCAGCCCAAACCCAGUCGUUAUCCCUAUCACGAAAAUUAUAUAAUUUUACUUGUCCAUGUUUCUGUUUAGUAUGAUAUAAUUAUUUCUACUUUAUGUCAGAAGCCUCAUUCAAAAUUAUGUAAAUGCUAUCCUGCAACAAGUACAUCGAUCAGAAUUUUCUUUAUUUUAUGUUAUAAACGUUUAAGACGUGUUGCCAAAGUUACGUCUCCAAUUAAGUAAAUCGAUUCAUAUAAAAAUAUGGCUGUAUUAUAAUCUAAAAUGUAUGUAGAUAUAAUUAAGUAAACACUAUAGAUAAACAAUGCUUUUAUUGUUGUAUAAAACAACGUUUUAUUUUAGAAUU